GAAAGCCCUCAUUAAGUUAUGUGACAUCUCUAAUGAGGCUCGUCCUGCAGAGCAGGCAGAGGUCUGGGCGGAUGCGUUGAUGGAGGAAUAUUUCCAGCAGAGUGACCGUGAGAAGGCGGAGGGUCUCCCAGUUACCCCCUAUAUGGAUCGGGACACUGUGGUCAAAUCCGAAUCGCAGAGUUCGUUCAUCAGCUUCCUGCUGCUUCCCCUGUGUGACUCCCUGUGCGAGAUCUUCCCUCAAAUGACUCUAUGGCUGCUACAACCCCUGAGAGAGGCCAAACUGCGAUAUGAGAGGCAAAUUGAAGAGGCUCAGGGACAGAAGCUCUGAGGUCAGGCGGUGUCACGUCACCCUGCAGCCAUUAUCUCAGUGACCACGCUGGUGUAUUAUUAAUG